AUGAUCCUAGCGGAGGAAUGACUGAGAUUCAUGAUGACGUUUCGACAGAUGAAGAUGAAUUCCUUAGUGACCCUGAUUCUGAUGCAGAUGCAGACGGUGAUAAUGAGUACAAUUCAUAUGAAUCAGACUAAAUUCAUCUAUAUACUAAAGAAGUUUGGAGUUGUAUAUUUCUUUUAUUACUCAAUGAGGGGACGUGGAAGGGUUAGCAAGCCCAGAGGACGGGUUCAACUUCCUGUAAGUGCAAGUCAAGAGGACGCGAAUACAGAUGACGGACAUGAGCAUGAGGCGCAUAUACCACGAGCACCGACGGGACUUGGGGAUACGGAACUUCAGAUAUGGGUUCCACUUGCAUCCAGUGUACAGCCAUCUCAUAUAGAUCGAUCAUAUACACCAGUUGCACCAUCUGCCGAUGCACAGCUUCCCCGUCCCCUUCCACCACCUCACCGUCACAGUUUACAUCCUCACCACCCUCCUGCAGCUCCAUGA